AUGCAAAGGUUAUUGGCGUGUGUAUUUCUACUUAUUAUUUGCACUGUCAUUACGGUUAGCAACGCCGAAAAGUCCGAGAAUGUAAAUCAAAAGGAUAACUUGGAUCAAAAUCUUUACCGUUCAUUCUAUACGUCCGAUAAUCGAAAAAUUUCGAUCUAUAAUGACUUUACACCACCUUCCAAUGUCUUUCUGUUCCGACGAUAUUUAUCCAGUCUUGGACAGUGGGAAAUGACACUUAACAACUAUAAUAAUGGUAGCGAUUAUAAAGAAGAAAGCCCUGAUCAUAUCUUAUGGAAAACAUUUCUCGAUCCUCAGUUUAUGGAAAAAUCAAAGAUCGGUCAAAAACUUAUUAGAGCUGUAAAACAUUUUAAAGGCGAUAAACAAGGUAACGACUAUCAUAUUUAUCAGGCCGCUGCUAAAUUAGUUACAAGAUCUGAAAUUCCCAAGAAAUCUACUGAUACUCCAUCUCGUGACGACGAUGUUAGUGCUAUCUUCUAUUUAACAGGCAAAUGGAAAAAGAAUGAUUACGGCGAUAUUGUAUUCUAUGACGAUAAUAACGAAAUUGUCAGUGCUGUCCAUCCUCUUGCCUUUAGAAUGGUUAUGUUCGAUUCAUCGAUCGAGCAUCUUUAUAAGCCUCCAGCAAUAGAUCGUUACGAUCCUCUCAAAACAAUCCAUAUUAAAUUAACUAAAUCAAGUGAAAAGUUACGAAACGGUAUCGAAUAUUAUAAGAAAAAAUUUGAACAUCGAAGAAAUAUUCGUAACACAAAGUUAAAUGAUAUUGCACCCGUAUCGGCAAAUCGAGUACUCAAUGUAGAGAAACAUAUUACACAACGAUAUGUUGGCGAAAAUGGUAAAAAAAUCUAUGUAUUAGACAACUUAUUUACUCCUGAAGAACUGGAAGGAUUACGGAAACUUGUGGAAUAUAAAAAAUAUUUCUAUGCAGAUAUGCAAGACGAUGGUAGUGACGGUGUAUCAUGGAUGGCUAUUUUCUCUGUACUAGAUUUUGCAAAUAGCAAUUUAUGGAAAAUUCAUCAACAAGUUGCUCGACAUGUUGGUAGCCGCACUACUUAUUUCCCUUAUGAUGUCUCAUGUAAUUUAAUUCGAAAUAACCAUAGAACAAAAGUCCAUGAUGAUUGUUCACAAGCUGCUGAUCAAUGGACGAUGGUCACAUAUUUAAAUCCCAAUUGGACUGCACAAAUGGGUGGAGAAACGGCUUAUUUUGAGAAAAAUACCGAUGAUAGUAACUACAUUGCUGAAGUAAGACCACGUUAUGGACGAAGUGUUAUUUUCCAGAGUACAAUCUAUCAUUCAGCAAGACCACCGUCCAAUGAUUUCGAUGGUAUAAGAUAUACCUUUUCGGUUAAGAUGGCGGAAGAUGAAGCACAAGCUCGACUCAAUCGAUUAUCCGAGGAUUUUGAUUUCUACAAUGGAAAUAUGGAAGUACUAAGCACAAUAAGAGACACGUUACGUCGGAAAGCAUCUAAUAAAGUAGAAAAAAGGAUGCGUGAUAUGGUUUUAGGAGAAGAUGAUGAAAGUCCUAAUGAAAACAAAAAAGAAGAAGAGGACGACUACCCAUCGGAUGAAAUAGAUUCUUUAGAAGCAGAGGCCAUAGCAAAAGAUGAAUUUGAAGCGAUGCUGAAGGAUUAUCGUAGUCCUCACAGAAGGUUAACAACAUCGGAAAAUCCAGCGAUUCUAAAAUUUCGAAAAAAGUUGAUAAAGAUCAUCGAUCAAAACAGGGAUAAUGCGGCAAAGAUGGCAAAAUUGCAAGAUAUUGUGGAUAAGAAAUUAAGUAAUUCGUACCAAAAACGUAUAGAGUUAAUUAGUCAGUGUCUUCAAUGA